GCGUGCUGGUGGGAUCUAGAGUUAUCUUGAUUAUCCCUCUUCCUCACACAGCCAUUGUGGCUCAAGAUGUGUGGGUUCAGAUCGUGCCCAAGGCCUCAUCUUGGUCAUGAAUAGGGGCCGACCAUUGGGAGACACAGGGGUGCUCAGCAAUGGGAGGCGGGACGAGUCGACUGGACGACAGCCCAGACAGUGAAAACGGUCGCGGCGCCGGCGCACAAGAUGAAGGCGAGACUGCUGGCGCAGCCGGGAGGCUCCCCGAAGCGCUCCCCGCAUCGCCUGUAGCCGCAGCCCAGGAGCCGCCCACAGAGGCCGUGAUCCUGUCAACUCUGGUAGCGCAGCUGGGGCAGGAGCCGGACAAGAGCAUGGCGCUCUCGGCCAUCCGGGAGAGGCUCACCGAGAUGAACCAGCCGAGGCUGCGCCAGGUCGCAGAGGACGUCGAGGCCCUCCGCGGCUGCGAAACACUUGCAGCAUCGCAGCAGCAACUUCUACAUUUUUCGAGUCGCAUCGAUCUGUGAGGGUCCCCUGGC